CAAAAUAAGAUGAUAACCAUACAUUUUAUGUAAUAAUAUCUUGAAUCGCAGUUAAUAUUACGUUACAUUAGUCGUAAAUGUGAAGAAACAUCAGGAUGUCUGUGUUUUUGUCGAGAAUUGUACUAAUUCCGACGCGGAGCGCCUUUGCGAAGAACAUUUCGCUAAAAACACUAGCGGAACUUACAUCGUUAAAACACCACAAUUCUGUGUGCCAAGGCGGUAUAUUUUCGCUAUCCCGUCAACUAGGAGUUAGAAGCUGCAGUUCAGAUUCUAUACAGCCAGUGAUAGCUUUAGAAAACGCGACUAGUCCGGUUAAGAAGAAGACGGUUUACAAGAAAGCGGUCUUGGAAGACCUUAGUAAGAAAGAGGGCCACUAUUUGGCUCUGGCUUAUGCGACGGCAAAUGCGUAUGAUCUGAAGGGCCUGAAGGAGGCCCUGCUUGAGCAGAAGCUGUAUGAACCUGGAAUGUUAAAAGCUCAAGAGAUAGACGGUGACGUGGUGAUAGCGAAUGCAGUGUACACAGUUGGCUCGGAGCCGCGGGAGAUCAUCUUCUUCAAGGAGGGCGCUGUCGUCUUCUGGAACUGUACGGAACUGGAGGCUAGCAAUGUGCUGGACUUUGUUAGGAGAUAUGAAUUGGAGAGUUACCCUCGCGACGUGGUGGAAAGAGAGAGAGAAAUCAUGACAUAUGUGUACCAGCCCAAUGCAAAGAAGUGUAAUUUACAAGAGUCGUAUUUCGUCAUGGCGCCAAACAGAGACAACUCGUUAGAAAAAUAUACAUUCAGUCACGCUAUGGCGCAGUCAGCACGGUUGGGAGCCUGGGAGGCGCGGCUAGAAGCCCUGGCAGCUUCUGCGAGAGCUCACAGUAUAACAAUGGAGAAGGAUGGCACAACACAUCUAGACAAGAAAGAGGUGGUCCGCAAGCUAGGCGAGUUGUUCUCCCUUCGGCAUCGCAUCAACGUGGAAUCGGAUCUUCUGGACACACCCGAUGUGUACUGGGAGGAGGAGAGAUUGGAGAGACUGUACUCCAACACUGUAGCCUACUUCACCAUACCCAGGAGAACAAGGGUGUUAAACGAGCGUCUAUCCCACUGCGUUGAACUCCUGGAGCUGCUGUCCUCCUGGGCCGCCGACCGCCAUCACGUGCGCCUGGAGUGGAUGGUGAUCGCGCUCAUCCUGGCCGAGGUGUGCUUCGAACUGCUGCAUGUCUUCGAGAGAUACGUGCUCGACAGGUUACCCAAAACGAUCGAGCGACGGCGAGGUCGCACGGUCUUCGCGGACGAGACUGAGGAGUACAUGUUCCAAGAUAUCUCCAUAUUGGAUACCUAAGUAUAACAUCAGACUAAUUUAUGACAUCAGAAAAAAAAUACUGAAAUAAAUAAUUAUUCCUGCCUUUGUUAAGUCUACUUACAGAUGUUGUGCGAAAUCUUUUUCCUUUUUUUUAAUACUACGUCGGUGGCAAACAAGCAUACGGUCCGCCUGAUGGAUUGCGGUCACCGUCAGGACGCCUGCAACUCAAGGAGUGUUACGUGCGCGUUGCCAACCCAUUACA